ACUUCAUCCUUCCGCCCGGGUUUCCUCCCCGCCGCCGCCGCCGCCGCCGCAGACCGGCUCCCGGCUCGGCGCGGCGCGGCUCGGCCCGCUCGGCCCCGCCAUGUCGCAGGUGCUGCCCUACGGCGAGGACAAGGUGGGCCGCUACGGCGCCGAGCCCGAGGCGGGGGAGCUGCCCUUCAGCUGCCGCCUGCAGGACACCAACGCCUUCUUCGGGGGCAACCAGGGCAAGCGGCCCCCCAAGCUGGGACAGAUCGGCCGCGCCAAGAGAGUGGUGAUCGAGGAUGACCGGAUAGACGAGGUGCUCAAGGGCAUGACGGAGAAGUCGCCGCCGGGGGUGUAAGCCGGGACCCGCCGCCAGGACCCGCAGGCCGAGCCCUGCUCCCAGCCCGCCCGGCCCCGCAUGCUGGCUGGAACGCCGACGAGGAGGGGGAGGCCGUGCCCCUGCCCGCCCCCCCCCCCCCCCCCCCCCGCUCCGGCCCGGGGUGGGGUGGGGGGGCUCUGCGGCCACCCCCCACCCACCCCCCACCCCCCCGAGCCAUGCACUUUACCCCUCCGCCUUCCCCGGAGGGGGGACAACCCGCCGAGCCCCCCACCCUGGGCAAAGACACCCCCCCCCCCCUUUCCCCGGGGGGGGUGUCCAGCCCCCCCCCGCUCCGCGGCGCGUCCCCCCGCAUCCUCCUUGGUGGGGUGGGGGGGGGGGGGGGGUGUCGCCCCCCCCCCCCGGAUCCCGGGGGGGAUCCGGCCCCACGAGCGGGGGGAGCGCUGCUGUCCAGAGACAUUUUUUGCUCCAUCGUUUUUUGCAUGAGCUUGGUGGCCCGGGCGCCCGGUCCUGGGGCCGAGGGUCAGCCCCACCACUCCGGCACGCUUCUUUUUAAACAGAAAACUCCUCAUAUUUGUAUUUUUAUAUCCGAAUCUUUGUUAAAAACGAUCUGCUGACGUUGAGAUGUCGAAGUAACCGCAUCGGGAAAACAAACAAACAAACAAAAAAAAAAUGGUUCAUAUUUUUUUCCAUAAGAAAAAAAAAGACAAAAAAAGAAGAAAAAACCGAGGGGGAAAAAAUAAAGGGGGGGGGUGACGGUGAUGGAGGGAGUGCGAGGAAAGCCAAAGGCGCAGGGAGGGGAGCGGGGACCCCCGGCCCGACCCCCCCUCCCGCCGGCAGCGGGACCGGCCGGAGGGUUUGGCAGCACCAUCGGCCACCGCAGUCCCCUCCCGGCAGCACCGGGGCAGAGCCCACCGGGGCCGGCUGCGGGUGCCAGGGGGUCCCGGCGCUGCCCCUCGCUCGAGGGUGGCGGGGCCGGGGAGGGGGGGAACAGGGAGGGCAGGGACCGGCCUGAGUCGUUGUUUUUAAUUUUGUACUUUAAUUUAAUUUUAUUUUUUAAGAAGCUUCUCGGGGGGGUCUGAUGUGCAUGAGAAACUCGUCAUCUUUUUCAAUAACCUACGAGUGGCAUUUAUGGAGACGACGCAAAAAAAAAAAAAAACACAACAAAAAAAAUACCAAACAAAAAACAAAACCGAGAAAAAAAACACAAAAAAAAAAGAAAAAAAAAGAUACUUGUGUCAUGAUGUUCUACGAAUGAUCCAUUGUAAAUUUAAAUGCCAUUUUUCACUGUACUGGUGAACAAAAUGCAAUGAAUAAAAUACAUUCAUGUACCGAG